CCGCCUGGCACCGAUCGCAGCCACCUCCGCUGUCGCCGCCGCACUUUCCACUUAUAUUGAUCACCUCCCAGCCCUGCUCAGCCUGCUCGCCCGAGCGCAGCGGCCAGCGCGCCGGCCCUUGGCAGCCCCGGAGCGGUCGGGCUCCCGGAGGCAACUCCUUGGGAGCGCCCUGUCCGGGGUGCCCUCCGUGGUCUGCAGCCUUUCUCUCUACCUGGGAGGAGGAGGAGGAGGAAGAGGAGGAGGAGAAGGAGGAGGAGGACCUCUCGUCCGGGCUGGGAGGUGGAGCAGCGGCAGCCGCCGCCGCCGCCGCCGCCGGAAAGGGAGAGGCAGGAGAGACCGAGACUUGGAAACCCCAAAGUGCCCGCGACCCUGCACGGCAGGCUCCCUUCCAGCUUCAUGGGCAAAGUGUGGAAACAGCAGAUGUACCCUCAGUACGCCACCUACUACUACCCCCAGUAUCUCCAAGCGAAGCAGUCUCUGGUCCCAGCCCACCCCAUGGCCCCUCCCAGCCCCAGCACCACCAGCAGUAAUAACAACAGUAGCAGCAGUAGCAACUCAGGAUGGGAUCAGCUAAGCAAAACAAAUCUCUAUAUCCGAGGACUGCCUCCCAACACCACAGACCAGGACCUGGUGAAGCUGUGUCAGCCAUACGGGAAAAUAGUCUCCACGAAGGCAAUUUUGGAUAAGACAACGAACAAAUGCAAAGGUUAUGGUUUUGUCGACUUUGACAGUCCUGCAGCUGCUCAGAAAGCUGUCUCUGCCCUGAAGGCUAGUGGGGUUCAAGCUCAAAUGGCAAAGCAACAAGAACAAGAUCCUACCAACCUGUAUAUUUCUAAUUUACCAUUGUCCAUGGAUGAGCAAGAACUUGAAAAUAUGCUGAAACCAUUUGGACAAGUUAUUUCUACAAGGAUACUGCGUGAUUCCAGUGGUACAAGUCGUGGCGUUGGCUUUGCUAGGAUGGAAUCAACAGAAAAGUGUGAAGCCGUUAUUGGUCAUUUUAACGGGAAAUUCAUUAAGACACCACCUGGAGUUUCUGCUCCGACAGAACCUUUAUUGUGCAAGUUUGCAGAUGGAGGACAGAAGAAGAGACAGAACCCAAACAAAUACAUCCCCAAUGGCAGACCCUGGCAUAGAGAAGGAGAGGUGAGACUUGCCGGAAUGACACUUACUUACGACCCAGCCACAGCUGCUAUACAGAACGGAUUUUACCCUUCACCAUACAGUAUUGCUGCAAACCGAAUGAUCACUCAGACUUCUAUUGCCCCCUAUCUUGCAUCUCCUGUAUCUGCCUACCAGGUGCAAAGUCCUUCUUGGAUGCAACCUCAACCAUAUAUCCUACAGCACCCUGGUGCCGUGUUAACUCCCUCAAUGGAGCACACCAUGUCACUACAGCCCGCAUCUAUGAUCAACCCUCUGGCCCAGCAGAUGAGUCAUCUGUCACUAGGCAACACCGGAACAUACAUGCCUGCAACAUCAGCUAUGCAAGGAGCCUAUUUGCCACAGUACACACACAUGCAGACGACGGCGGUUCCUGUUGAGGAGGCGAGUGGUCAGCAGCAGGUGGCUGUAGAGACGUCUAAUGACCAUUCUCCAUAUACCUUUCAACCCAAUAAGUAACUGUGAGGUGUACAGAAGGGUGUUCUUACAUGAAGAAGGGUGUGAAGGCUGAACAAUCAUGGAUUUUUCUGAUCAAUUGUGCUUUAGGAAAUUAUUGACAGUUUUGCACAGGUUCUUGAAAACGUUAUUUAUAAUGAAAUCAACUAAAACUAUUUUUGCUAUAAGUUCUAUAAGGUGCAUAAAACCCUUAAAUUCAUCUAGUAGCUGUUCCCCUGAACAGGUUUAUUUUAGUAAAAAAAAACUAAAAAAAAAACAACAAAAAACAAAAACAAAACAAAAGAUUUUUAUCAAAUGUUACAAUGCAAAAAAAGAAGAAAAAAAAAGAAAAAAAAACAAGGGAAAAAAAAAAAGAAAACUUCAAUUUUCUGGGUAUGCACAAAGACCAUGAAGACUUAUCCAAGUGCAUGGCCGGAUUUUUGUGGUUUUGUUCAUUUUGUGUUUAAUUUGUGUUUUUUUCUAGCUGUAUGAAAUGGGCUUUCUGACGUUUAACUAGUCCGACUCCACCCAUGGUGUUCUGUGCUUGCAGUGCGAGUGUUGCUGUAAUUCAGUGUUGCCGUCCGUGUCUCUCUCCUUCGCUUUCCGUUUCUCUUCCAGCGUAGUGUGAAGUGUCUUAUCUUUUUCUAUGAAUUCCAAUUUGCCUUAACUCUUUUGAUGCUGUAGCUGUUUCAGUAAAAGUUAGUUCAAACUAAUGAUGUAGAAUGCUUUGACCAAAUGAGCUGGUCUAUUAUGCCUUGUAAAACAGCAGCAUAGGGCUUUUAAAAGGUAGUCAAUAAAAGUUGCUGAAAUUUUGGCUUUUUUAAAUACGUAGUAGGUGUUUUUAAUGAUUUUUCACAUAAUGUGUAAGGUAGUGAAAUGCAAGAAGGGAAAAAACGUUUUGUGUGAAACACAUUUUCUGACUGGGGAACUUUUAAUAGGGUAAAUUGUUUGUAAGGCUGUACGCCAACAGUUUCCUCUGAUAGUUUGACUGAUUUAGGAUAUCUGCUGUAUGAUGCAAUGUAAAGUCUUUUUUGCCUUUUUUCAGGAGAUAAAAAAAACAAACCUAACUUGAUGUUCUAGAUUUAGUGUAGGUAGUGUUGGGACUGGGGGUGGGGGGCGGGGGAGGGGUGUCCCCAAUGUUCUGUCCUUCCUUUAUACUAAUGAUAGUGCUUUAGAAUGCGAAUUAGGCCUGAGAUCUGGCAAACCGAAAAAUGUUGCUAUUGCAAUUAAAUGGCAAAAGCUAAAAGUAAGGAUUUGUCUUCAAAACGAGCUGAGAUAUGGAUAGAAGCAAAAUGAUUGGCUACUAGCUCUCUCUCUCUCUCUCUCUAUUACGUAAAUUUGAGAAAUAAACAUUACUUGGCACUUUUAAAGGUAACUUCACCAAAGACCGAAGAGCCAGUAACCAGUAGCUCCACCUUGUCUCAGCAUCACAUCUUCUGUGCUCUUUAUUUUUGCCGGACCAGUUUGCGGUUAGGAGAAUGUGCCUUUUUUGUACCUUUGCAUUUAGGUUUUAUAAUUUUAAUUGAUGUAUGGACACACACAAACAAAAAAGCAUGAAGGAAGAUUUGGAUCCAAGCAGUGCCACACUUUACAUCAUCACUACAAGUGUUAAGUGUAAAGAAAAACCAGUUUUGAAACUAUGAAAUUCCUGAUUCAUAAAUACACAGUUAUUUCUACUUUAGUACAUAUAAGAUGAUUCACUGUUAUUAAUGCUCUUUUAUUAAGAUAAUUGCAUACGUUUGAAAAGCAACGGUAAAUUAAGUUGUCUUCCAAAACUGUGUACUUGUCUGGUCAACUGUGUGUGAUCAGUUAUCUACCUCAGAGUCUAUUUUCUUUUGUGCUGGGACAGGUUGCUGGCCCUCCCUGUUUCCACAGACCAAAUCCUCCUAGCUCAGGAGCUAGGGCUAAGCAGUUAUUUCUUUCGAGUAUUUUUUAGUUCUUAAAUUUUAUGCUUGUAUUUGAUUAUAGAUGUCAGUGACAUUUCAUAGUUUCAAAAGUCCUUGCUGCUCUGAGAAGUGUAGAUUCUAUUGAAAAUUACGUAGUCAUAAGAGAAAUGUGUUUUUGUUUUUGUUUUUGUUUCCUUUUUUAAAGUUGUGGUAUUAUUGGUUCUAUGCUCCCUGGAAUAUUACUGCUUUGUGAAAGUCCAGACUGAACGCAGCGCCCUCUGUGUACCUAGUACAUUUAUAAACCUGGGUCUCUCACUACUUGAUAUUUUUGCAUUAGUUAAGACAGAAAUUUGAUAGUUCAGUUAGAGGGGAGGGCAAAUCUGCUGCUAGAAAUGUCUGAACUAAGUGCCAUACUCGUCUGGGUAAGAUUUGGGAAACAUAACCUCUGUACAUAAAAAAAAAAAAAAAGUCAGUUAAACAUCACAUAGUAGACAGCCAUUAAAUUAUAAAAAAAUUAAUUUAUGAAGAAAGACCUUUUGUACAGAUUGAAAAAAAAGAUUUUCAUAGAGAUAUCUAUAUGAUCAAGAGAGUUAAUUUUUUAUUUUGUUUUACUAGUGCCACAAACUUGCCAGUGGUAACUUAUUUGUCCGGUUCAAGAUAACUCUGUAGUUUUCUUUCCUAGGACUUGUUGUUAAACGCCAAAAGACAUUUUUGAACUGUACAUUUGAUCAGAUUGUUAGCUUUUUCUGUUUUAUUUCUUUUGAGAACCUUUGAAUAAAAAACAUCUGAAAUUUUA